AUGGAGCGUAAAAUAAUCAGAAGAGAAAAAGAAAGGGAGUAUGAAGGGAGGCACAACAGCCUGGAAGACGCUGAGCAAGGCAAGAACUGCAAUUCCACACUGAUGACCCUCAACGUUGGUGGAUAUUUAUACAUUACUCAAAAGCAAACGCUGACCAAGUACCCAGACACUUUCCUUGAAGGUAUCGUAAAUGGGAAAAUCCUCUGUCCUUUUGACGCUGAUGGCCAUUACUUCAUAGACAGGGACGGGCUCCUCUUCAGGCAUGUACUAAACUUCCUACGAAAUGGAGAACUCCUAUUGCCUGAAGGGUUUCGAGAAAAUCAACUUCUUGCUCAAGAAGCAGAAUUCUUUCAGCUCAAGGGGCUGGCAGAAGAAGUGAAAUCCAGGUGGGAAAAAGAACAGCUGACCCCCCGAGAGACUACUUUCUUGGAAAUAACAGAUAACCACGAUCGCUCUCAAGGACUGAGAAUCUUCUGUAAUGCUCCUGAUUUCAUAUCAAAAAUAAAAUCUCGCAUUGUCCUGGUGUCCAAAAGCAGGCUGGAUGGGUUUCCGGAAGAGUUUUCUGUGUCGUCAAAUAUCAUCCAAUUUAAAUACUUCAUCAAGUCUGAGAACGGCACUCGACUCGUACUAAAGGAAGACAACACCUUUGUCUGUACCUUGGAAACUCUUAAGUUUGAGGCCAUAAUGAUGGCUUUAAAGUGUGGUUUUAGACUGCUGACCAGCCUGGACUGCUCCAAAGGGUCAAUUGUUCACAGUGAUGCACUUCAUUUUAUCAAGUAA